UCUAACCUACUGUAAGCGGUUAUUCCUCUUAGCACUCGAUCAGUAAAUGCUGAAGGCCGUAACGGUUAGAUCAAAGGGACGUAGUUGAUAGCACAUGACCCGUUAUGGCUGAAAACGAGGUAUCAUCACCAGUAGAGAUGCCGCCACCAGACAGCUCAAAGCAGUUUCCAAUAGAUUUAUCCACGCACAAAUUCCGCAGACCUGAGAAAGGGAUCAGUCUGCCAGAGGACAUUCCGAAGUGGGAAAAGUCGGAGGCCUAUAGAGAUUUGAUGGGCAUCAUCCUCACAUUGAACGAAGCUGUCAAAGACAAGAAAAUCUCCGACAGCUACCAUGUUUCACAGACUGUGGAGAAGAUAAUACAGAUGUUGAAAGAAAUGGAGAAAUGGGUGCAAGACUUUCCACCUAUAGAGCAACCUCAGCGAUUUGGCAACAAAGCUUUCCGUGACUGGUUUGCUCGUCUUUCAGAGAGGUCGGAGGGUCUGGUGAAAGCAGUGCUCGAGGAGAAGUACCAUGCAGCAGCAGAGGAGUUGGCAGUCUAUCUUACAGAAAGUUUUGGGAACAGCACCCGCAUUGAUUACGGCACAGGUCAUGAAUUGGCUUUUGUGGCAUUCCUGUGCUGCCUAUGCAAGCUGGGUGCCUUGACACCAGAGGAUUAUCUUGCUGUAGGCCUCAAGGUGAUGGAUAGAUACAUGCAGCUGGUGCGAAACCUGCAGAUGACGUACCGCAUGGAACCCGCCGGCAGUCACGGAGUGUGGAGUCUGGAUGACUACCAGUUCCUGCCCUUCCUGUGGGGAUCCUCGCAGCUGCUCAAUCACAAGAGAAUUCUUCCCAAAUCGUUUGUGAAGCCCGAUGUAUACGAGCACUUCGCCAAGGAUUUUCUGUUCCUGUCGUGCAUUAAGUUUAUCGCUCAGGUGAAGACAGGGCCAUUCGCAGAGCACUCGAACCAGCUGUGGAACAUCAGCGGUGUGGCCAACUGGGCCAAAGUCAACAACGGUCUAAUCAAAAUGUACCGCGCCGAGGUUCUGGCCAAGUUCCCGAUAGUUCAGCACUUUCUGUUCGGCAGCAUACUGACGCUGCAGGCCGCCUCGUGAGUGUUCGCUCCUAGCCACCGCUUACCUCCUCCCAAGCCACUCACAUCACGUGACGGUGUCAGGCAGUCCACCAGGAAGGGUUGCUUGGGCCGUGAGGAGCGUGGACCUUGUCUCAGAACUUGGAGGCGGGGGGUAGUUUCGGUCUGGAACUUUCGCCUGCCUUUGUUUGCUUUGCACAGCAAAAGUAAAACAAAAUAUGACAUAUUUAAACUCCUUGCUGUUCGUCUCUCGCUCAGCGGGCACAGAGCUGGGAGCAGAGUUGACCUGUUGCGGCGUGAGCUGUCUUCCGUGAAGUAAGUUUGGGGAUUUUUUUUUGUGUGUGACGCAUUGUCUGAUGCAGACUGCUUGAAAUGUUUAUCUGGUCUACGUUUGCGACGCUGAGACUGGAAGCCGUAUUUCAGGGAAUCAGUUGAUCGUUGAUGGGUGCAUGUGACAAUAACCGCGCCUACAAGUGACAGUAACAGCGCCUGCAAGGCUGCAAGUGACAGUAACAACGCCUGCAAACAGUCUGUCGCGGCAGGUUUCUGUGCUCUGAUCCAUGUUAAGCGUGAUCCAUGUGGGGUCUGCCCUUUAUGUGCCUCAAGGCGGGAGUUAUUAAGACUUCCCCGCAAGAGCGUAUAUAUGUUAGUCAUGUUAAUACCCAAGCAUUUGUUUGAACUAAUGGUAGUUAAAUGUAACUGUCACCAGUUUUCAGGUUGAUUUCAUCCUUCAAGACUUUAAGUCUGAUCCGGAAAGUUCCAGGGAUGUUAUGUGCUUGGUAAGAGGUAAACGGCUGUCUGUUCAAAUCUUUAGAAACGCUAGUCGAGUUGUAGAGGUAUAUUUGUUACGUAUUUCUAUCAAAAGAGAACGUGUAUAAUUCGGUCGACGCUGGAUAGAUUUGGCAAAUUAUAAAUUAAAAUAAAGGGAAUCUACCUUUAGCACCACCAUUGCGUCUUGUUUGCUUGGUGACAAGAUUCAGCUAUCAAUUAUAACUGUAAAUAUAUGUUAAAAUGUUUGUCAGGUUGUAAAGUCUAGCGUAGUUAUUUUCGUUUUUAUGGUGGACAAGUUACCACUGAUGGCAUAGUGGGUGCUGUUUGCCUUCAUGUGGCACUGUGUCAUCGUCGUGCAGGCGUAUCGUUAGUCUCAAGGAGCUAACAGGUUGGUUAUGUGACGCAAGUUAUCUUUUUAGUUGAGUGGAACCAGCUAGCGACGUCUCGUGCACAUGAGCCCUGGAGGCUGGGCCACGACCUCGCUCGGCGGAUGGAGCUAGGUACUGAAGUCGAGUUGAGCGACUCCUGUAAUUUGUGAUGUUACAUGAUUUGUCUGUGAACCUCGCCCAAAGCUGUGAGCACUAAAGCGAGUAUCAACCCUGUUGUCUGUUUAUGUAUUUUGUGUAUGUGCGUACGUCUUCGUUGUCUAUUAUUUUGGGAAGUGAUUAGUAGACACGUGUACUUUGCAUGUACCGCUAUCCUCCCCUUCUCCCAUCUCUCUAACUCUCUCUUCCGCGGAAACACCAAAUUAACCAGAUCCGCUUUUCAUUGGUACAGUAGACAGAGCUGUUCACAUCGAGAUAAAUACAACUUUAUGUAUUUGAUCUAAAAGUGAUUAAACAUUUUAUCAAGACGUU